UCCACCCAUCUCGGCCUCCCAAAGUGCUGGGAUUACAGGCUUGAGCCACCGCGCCCAGCCUGUUUUUAUUUCAUAAUCAUAAACUUAACUGCAAUACAGCUAGACAUGGAAGGAAUAAGGAAAAUAUGGAACCCAAAAAACUGCAGUGGGAGUACCAAGAUUAUAGGAUACUUGUGAGCAAAUGAGGUGGAGUGCUCUCCUGAGCUACAGAAGGAAUGAUCUGGUGGUUAAAACACAAGUCACAUCUAUUAGAGUUAUCUACAGUCAGCAAUAGUUAUCUUCUUGUCGAUCUUGCCAUUCCUGCUCCCAAAGUGCCCCAUGGCUUCCACGAUAUUCAUGCCUUCUUUCACCUUGGCAAAGAUCACAUGCUUGCCAUCCAACCACUCAAUCUUGGUAGUGCAGAUGAAAAACUAGGAACUAUUUGCGUUGGGUCCAGCAUUUUCCAUGAACAAGAUGCCAGGACCUGUAUGCUUCAGGAUGAAGUUCUCGUCAUCAGAUUUCUCCCCAUAGAUGGACUUGCCAUCAGUGCUAUUAUGGCAUGCGAAGUCACCACCCUGACGCAUAAAGUCUGGGAUAAUUCUGUGAAAGCAGGAACCCUUAUAAUCAAAUUAUUUCUCUCCAGUGCUCAGAGCAUGAAAAUUUUCUGCUGUCUUUGGAACUUUGUCUACAAACAGAAGAAGAUGCAGCCCAAGGGCUCACCAUGGGUGGCGAUGUUGAAGAACAUGAAGACCUUACUGCUGAUAGCACCAUCUUCAAAUUUAUGGAAGCUUAUAGCAGAGUGGGAGGUGAAGAGGUGGUCAGACAACAAUUUGAUAAUGAAACAAACACAUGUGAAGAGAAGAUGCUUAGAUGAUGGUGGCCCUGAAUUGCAAAAGGCUGUCUGGGAGCUCGGCUGCCCACCCAGCAUUCAGUGUCUACUACCUCCUGUCUGUUAUGCUUGUGUCUGGUUUUUAAUUUUUUUUAAUUCUUAGUUUUUGUGGAUACA